GCAACUUGUUUCAUCCCCUCUAUUGUUUUUGUGGCCAUUAUAAAACAAAUAUCCUUCUCUCUCUCUGUCUCUCUCUCAAACUCAGAGAAAACCCUUCUCUCCUUUUCUUUUUUGAGUGCGGCUUUUGAGAGCUCUCCCUUCUAUUGGGGUCGCAAUUCCUUUAUUUGAGGAAAUAUAGAAUUCUUCAUUGCGAAUUCAUCGUUGGGUCUCUUUUCAUUUGGAUGAAUGGAGGCCCAGACCUCUCAGCCAACGCAAAUCAUUGAGGUCAACAUGGAUGUCACCCCGACCACAUCUAGCUUGGCCACCAAAAAGAUUUGCAAAGGUGCUUCUUGCGAUUUCUCAGAUUCUAAGAUGAGCUCAAAAGAUGCCAAGGAGAAAUCAACAUCCAUGAGAAAGCUUCUAAUGGCAGUUGCUCUCUGUGUCAUCUUUAUGGCUGUUGAAGUGGUUGGUGGAAUCAAAGCCAACAGCCUCGCAAUCCUAACUGACGCUGCUCAUCUCCUUUCUGAUGUUGCAGCCUUCGCAAUCUCUCUCUUCUCUCUCUGGGCGUCGGGAUGGGAGGCAACACCGAGACAAUCUUAUGGAUUCUUUCGAGUAGAGAUUCUUGGAGCUUUGGUUUCUAUUCAGCUUAUUUGGGUCUUAGCUGGGAUUUUAGUCUACCAAGCUAUUCUGAGAAUUAUUCAUGACAGUGGUGAGGUUCAGGGCUCUCUGAUGUUCGCAGUCUCUGCCUUUGGCUUGUUCGUAAACAUCAUCAUGGCUGUCAUGCUCGGUCAUGAACAUGGCCAUGCUCAUGGUCACAGUCAUGGUCAUGGUCAUGAUCAUGAUCAUGGUCAUGGACAUGGCCAUGGUCACCAUCAUGAUGACCAUGAUCCUGAUCAUACAGUUACCAUCACUACUCAUGAUAACCAUCAUCACCAUCAUCCCGAGGGAGAGAAACACGAGCACGAGCACGAGGAGGUGCAAAGUCCUCUUCUCUUGAGUCCUGCAUCAAAUGAAUCAAGUCAGAUGAAACACCAGAAAAACAUCAAUGUGCACAGUGCAUACCUCCAUGUUCUCGGAGACUCAAUCCAGAGCAUAGGAGUCAUGAUCGGAGGAGCAAUAAUUUGGUACAAGCCAGAAUGGAAGAUCAUAGACCUCAUCUGCACUCUAUUCUUUUCUGUGAUUGUGCUUGUGACCACCAUCAACAUGUUGAGGAGCAUACUCGAGGUUUUGAUGGAGAGCACACCGAGAGAGAUUGAUGCAACUAGCCUCGAGAUGGGGUUAUGUACAAUUGAGGGAGUGGUGGCUAUUCAUGAGUUGCAUAUUUGGGCCAUUACAGUCGGUAAAGUUUUAUUAGCGUGUCACGUAACGAUAUUGCCCGAGGCUGAUGCAGAUAUAGUGUUGGAUAGAGUGAUAGGGUUUAUUAAGAGGGCGUAUAAUAUCAGUCAUGUUACCAUCCAAAUUGAAAGGCAGUAGAUUGUAGAAUGUAAAUGUUGUUGUUUUCAGAUUCUGUUCUUCAGUUCUAAGCUUUGAUGGAUCCCUUUUAUCUUUUUUUUUUUUUUUGGGUGUUAGUCAUGAAAGAGAGGGAGAAAAGUGAUGUAGAAAUUUAAAUAUAGUGUUAAAUUGGUAUUGAAGAGAA